CGCCCUAUCAUGUCCGAGCUGAUCGUUGAUUUGAAUUUCUGAUUAAAUUUUCCAAUCUCCAACAUACACCCUCUUUUUCCUUUGGUUCCUCUGCUCUCUUCCUCUGAACUUUUGUAUCUACUCUUGUGAUCACUUCAUCUACGGAGUUCUGAGAUUUCGUAUGGGAACAACAGCCCCUGGUGAUCCAGGUCCCUAGGAUGGCAUUCGUCCUCGGGUGAUCCGGACUACGUCUCUCUCCCCAAGGGCCAUCAGUUGACCCACCAGGCUCAAUUUCCUUCCGUGUCCUCGCCCUGUGUAUCAGCCAAUAGCGAAAUUGCCGCAUUUCCUUCAUUUCUGUGUAUGCCUGCGAAUCAGGUCCAAAGGCUGCAUUAGGUCAAUGGGAUGUUUGACAUGUGAGGCUUGGAGCUGCAAUAAUUGGACACUAUUGGUGCAGGGCACCGGAUUCAGUCUGUAGGCAGCGCUUUUUUUUUUAUGAGGAUGGACACGUCAGCAGCCUCGCGAGAUUUGAGAAUGCGAGGACUUCGCCUUGCCACUUCUUCCGAUAAAAAAAGCGGAAUGAUGGAGUCAAUGCACUGAGAGCAAGUAUAAGGAGGCCAGCGGAACCUGCAAAAGUGGCGGCGUCGCAUUCGUUUUUCCUCAUAACCUACAUACACUCUCCUCUUCGAUUUCUAUUCCCUCUUCACCUUCCCUCUCCAGCUUCCCAAUCGUCUCCCUUCCAGAAAAUCCCAUUUCCUGCAAUAUGUUGCUUACACAUCACAUGGACAACUUCAAACCGUGGACUCCCCCUCACACAAAAUCAUUCUCACAGCACAAAUCCCACAAAUCACGCACUCCAAGAGCCAGCAAUCUCACCCACCCCAACCCUCGGCAUGAUUCCCUCCCCAGCACUUUGCCAUUCCCCAAGCAUAGCCUCCCUGCGCGGCCACCGGCCGAAGUCUGUGUGAAUAUCAGCACAAACACUCAGCCGGCAUCUCCACCCGAUCCAGCACCUCACACCUCAAAUUCAGAUGAAAUAUCACCCUAUGAUUUCCAAGAUAUCACUGACACUCCGAUUGAGCCGCCCUUCUUUCGGGAAGAUACUGUCGAGGAUGGCCCAUCAUCACCCAGUAUGUCUAGCUCGGACGAUAGCUUAAAAGAGUUCUUCAGGCUUCCAGAUAUACAGAACGACAUUCCCAUUGACCCGUUAAUCCUUGCCAACGACGGACCUUGGGAAAUUAGCGACCUGCACCAACCUGUCCUACAAGACGACAGUCUUAUUAUUUCAGAGACAAUUUGUCCAUAUCCUGAACCUCCACCCAUUCUCCACCAUGUACCUGACCAUCAUAGAGUUUCCAGCGAACGGCCUCGCAGCCAGAAUGGGAAUAUUCAAACAAGGGAUCACGCUCACGCUCACGCCCACAUCCAGAGCCCCGGACAAUUACACCCAUCCCAUCACAAUAGUGAAACGGGCGCGUCUUGCUCCAGUGGCGCCAGUAAAAACCUCCACGGCAAACCGUCUAAAAAUUGCAAGCGAAAGAGGCAUCAAUCAGAAGGACGAGCUCCUAAACGGCUUCGAGAUCUCUCUACAAUGCCUGCAACUGAAGAUUCAUUUACCUCUCUUCGCUCUCGUUUCCUGUGCCUGCCCCUUGAUGAACGUUUGCAGUUCCUUUCUUGGCUGUUCGAAGGCGCCUUGCCACGUUGCAUGCCUGACACUGGUCCGACAACGUGUGAAGACCGAGAUGCGCAGUCAACCCGUCGCUCAAUUCCCCAGCAUGAGAUUGAACAAACUCAGCGCAAUUGCGGGGAGGCCCAAGGCAGCUCUAGGAAGGGGAUGCCAUGGUCCCCUGAAGAGGCGGGCUUUCUGCUGAAGCUAAGAAGGGACAAGAGACGACCUUGGUCAGAGGUAACAAGGUUAUUCUCGGACCGAUAUCCUGGCAGAAGUCCGGGUUCAAUCCAAGUCUUUUGGAGUACGACCCUCAAGAAUAAGACGUUCGCAGCCUGCGGCAUUUGA